AUGACGGAACCACGCAUGAGACUGCGCCAUAAGGGCCAGCAGUUCCCAUCCACAGACUUAGAAGCCUUCCUGAUCGCCUUCGGCGACGACGACCAGCCGCUCACCGAGACGGUCAAGUGCCUCGACGAGAUCGUGACCGACUACAUCAUCGAGACGUGCCACGAGGCGGCGUCGGUGGCGCACCACGCGCGGCGCGCCAAGAUCAAGCUCGACGACUUCAAGUUCAUGCUGCGGCGGGACACGGCGAAGCUGGGGAGGGUCAGCGAGAUGCUCGAGACGGACAAGGAGUUGAAGAGGAAGAGGAAGGCGUUUGAUACUGAUGAGGGGACUGUG